AUGGGGUCGCCUACUUGGCUCACAAUUGUAGCUGCAACGGCGGUGCACUGCGUUGUUUCCCCUCUACCAGAGGUUUCUCUAGAGCUCUAUGUUGUUCCCUACCUUCUGGGCAACUUGAUUCUAUACACUUAUCUAUGGAAAGAAGGCCUGCCCACCGUUGAGAUCAUCUUCAAUUUCACAACUAUCAAUGCCUGUUUCCUUUUCACUUCUGUCAUUCUCACUAUCACCAGACGGCUUUUCUUCUCACCGCUCGCUAAGUUUCCUGGUCCUAAGCUUGCUGCAAUCUCAGGAUUUUGGAAUGCCAACGAAGGGCGGCUUGGUCGGGCCUCAAGAACACGCAAAGCCUUACAUGAUCAGUUCCAAAGUGACAUCAUCCGAAUUGGCCCCAACGAGCUGUCUGUCAAUCGUGUUGAUGCUAUUGAGAGGCUCUAUGGAAAAGACUACAAGAGAGGAACCUUCACCCCGGUUUUCAACAUCUCCGGUGGGGAUAACCUCGUGACACAGAGAGACAAUCAAUUACAUAGCAUCUGGAGGCGCAUGUGUCCGGUCGAAUGUGGCAAGUUCUUAGACGCCUUGACAUUCGAUGUAAUAUCGGACAUAGCUUUUUCUCAAGAUACCAGAUUCCAAGAUGGUGCUGGUGAUCGUUCACUCAUCGAUGGAAUUCAUAUCUUCGUUCCCAUGAUCCCGAUUUGCCGGUACCUACCCGAGCCGCCUGCAGGACGAAUAUUCUCCGAAUAUCGUGAUCAAGUUCUAGCUGGACGCAAGUCCCUCAAGGGACAGCCUAACGACAUCUUCGCCCAUCUGGAAGUUCCCGAUGCAUCAACUGGUAUCAGAAUGAGACCAGUUGACCUCAAGCAACACAUUCUCUUUAUGAUGAUAGUUGGGGCGCAUUCUGUUGGCACUACACUGACACGGACUCUUGCUGCUCUCGCUUCCCAACCUCAUGUCCAAUCAUCGAUCAGGCAAGAGUUAAAUGAGGUAUUUCAAGGCGAAGGAACUGCUCCAGUGGAAACUAUACGGAAACUCAAGUACUUGGAUUGUGUGGUGAGGGAGGCCCUGCGCAUGUUUGGUCCCGUCACUGACGGUACCGCUGUUAUUGUGCCAAAAGGGGGCAUCACACUCGAGAGUGGCAGCUUCAUACCAGAGGGUACUCAAGUUUGGGUUGGACAGUACGUCAUAAUGUUCAACGAGGAAUACUUCCCUAGGCCCCAUGAGUUCCUACCAGAAAGAUGGAUGAAUCUAGGCGAUGAGGGACAUGGGAAUGAGGGCGAACUGGUCAAAGAUCGUCGAGCAUGGAUUCCUUUCGGCUAUGGACCCCACUCCUGUGGUGGGAGGGCUCUUGCAAUAGAAGAGCUGAAGCAGAUUGUGCUGAGAAUUGUCAUGGAGUUUGACAUUCGUUUCGUGGAACAUGAAGACAUGCCGUUUCAAUAUGAGCAUUGGGCAGACAGUUGGAAGGAUUACUUUCUUACGAUGAUUGACGAGAUAGAGUUAAGGUUUGUCCCGAGGUGA